AUGGAAAGUGAUGAUGACCCUUUGGUGCAGCAUCUGUGGCUCGAGGAAGAAGAAGACAACGUGUUGGUAAACUCUUAUAGAGGCCAAAGGCUGUGCAAGAAAUGUCACUGUAACUUUAAAAGAUUAUUCUAUGAUUUGCAAGUUAAAGGUUUUUGGGGAGUAGUUGGGUGGAUAUUUACUAACCCAUAUUGCACUGCCUUAAUAUUAGUAAUAGGUUGCAUAAUCCCAACAAUUCUGACUGUUGUUAUGCUUUUACAUUGUUCUGCCCUCGAUAUUGAUAUAUCCUACAAUGCCUUUGAGAUUCGUAACCAUGUAUCCUCACUGCGCUUUGAUGCACUGACCCUUGCUUUAAAAUCACAGUUUGGGUCCUGGGGGAGGAACAGACGUGAUUUGGCUGAGUACACAUCUGCCACCUUAGAGAAACUCAUCAUAGAAGAGCUGCAAAAACUGCACAAUAAUUCUUCUCAGCUAGUCGAUGCCUCCCAUGGCAAAACUAUUUACAAAUCAGGUGAAGCCCAAGGGCCUGAUGGAAUUCAGUUGAGCAAAAGAGACUUGUUCUCACAACCUGUGACCAAGAAGAGCCACGACAGAUACAAAAUGCGGAAAACAAGAGCAGUGACACACAUGAGCUAUCCAAACACUUACAUUAAUGGAGAUACUCAGACACAUGCACUAUGGAGGAUGGAGCUUGUAUUUCUAGCAAGAGGUGAUGAUGAAAGGAAUAUCUUCACGAAAGAACGUUUGUUGACAAUUCACAACAUUGAGAAGAAAGUCAUGGACCACCCUAGGUUUCGAGAAUUUUGCUGGAAACCUCAUGAAGUCCUCAAGGACAUGCCGCUUGGUUCAUAUUCCUAUUGCUCGCCUCCCAGUUCGCUCAUGACCUAUUUUUUUCCAACAGCACAAGGUGGAAGGAUUUACUACGAUGGGAUGGGGCAAAAGUUGGCAGAUAUUCAUGGUUCACUCAAGCUGGCUAUUACUCAUCCUGAGUUUUACUGGUAUGUUGAUGAGGGACUAACAGCCGAAAACAUGAAAAGCUCACUGCUUCGUAGUGAGAUCUUGUUUGGAGCCCCACUUCCCAAUUACUACUCAGUGGAUGACCGAUGGGAAGAGCAGCACAGAAAGUUUCAGAAGUUUGUGAUCUCUUAUGCUGAUCUUUUGGCUUCACAAUCCACCAAGAAAGUGCAAGUCCUGUAUGGUGGAACAGACCUAUUUGACUAUGAAGUACGACAAACAUUUAAGAACGAUAUGAUGCUGGCUUUUAUCAGCAGUGGAUGCAUAGCAGUUUUGGUGUAUGUUCUCACCUCAUUUUCAGCCUUUCUGACGUUCUUUGGCAUUGCCAGUAUUGGUUUGAGCUGCCUCGUUGCCCUGUUUCUAUACCAUGUAGUGUUUGGCAUCCAGUACCUGGGCAUCUUAAAUGGAGUGGCAGCCUUUGUCAUUGUGGGUAUUGGGGUGGAUGAUGUCUUUGUGUUCAUCAAUACUUUCCGGCAAGCAAGUCACCUUCACAACCCACAGGAGAGGAUGAUUCAUACCAUUAAAACAGCAGGGAAAGCCACAUUUUUCACCUCAUUCACCACAGCUGCCGCCUAUGCAGCAAAUAUAUUUUCCCAGAUCCCAGCUGUCCACGACUUUGGACUGUUCAUGUCUUUGAUAGUUGCUUGCUGCUGGAUGGCUGUUCUGUUCCUUAUGCCAGCAGCACUCUGUAUUUGGAGUCUGUACAUCUCCCCUCUGGAGGCAUCCUGCUACUCCAGCUGCCAACAUAUGUGUAAGAAGAAAGAUAGCAACACGACCCAGAAUACAGGAGAGUGUGAUCAAUCACUUCUAGUCACAGACCAGGAUUUAUUGGUGAUUGGUGGAAUACUUCAGUACUUGGAUGAUGAUAUUCCUCUUCUGUCCGUUGAGGAAGAAGCAGCCUCUUUGGACAAUGGGGAUGUGCCUUUGGUUUCACUGGUGCCGGAGGCACCCCUGCCUGAAGAUGGAAGACAUAACCCUUGUCAAAUGAUAACAAGACUGCAAGAUGUACUUUACCACUUUGUUGCACUUCCUGCAGUAAAGAGUAAAUGGAUCAUUUUAGGCCUUUAUAUCAUUACCCUGGUGAUGUCCAUAGGAUUUGCAACCCAACUACGAGCAGCCAGCAGAACACCACUGCUCUUCAGCCCUGAUACCAACAUUCAGGUCCUCCUCGAUCUCAAGUAUAAUCUCAGUGCAGAGGGCAUUUCCUGUAUCACAUGCUCAGGUGUGUUUCAGGAAAAGCCCCAACUUCUGCUAAAUAACAUGCAAACAUCCUCGGACAAGAAGAAACGAGGAGAGAAUCUCCCAUGGAAUAAAGGAGCAUCUUUGCAAUUUAAAUAUAUUUUCUCAGGUGGCUUACGGACCGUUUAUGUCACCAAGUAUGAAGAUGAUGUACAACCUGCCAUCUACAGAUUUUCUUUGGAUUCCUCUGUUCCCUGGCCAUGGCAUUUGCCAUCAACAAGGAAUGGGGAGAUCCCAUCAUUUAAAGUUUACACAGCCCCCUAUGGUAACUUUACAAAGAAGCUGACUGUCUGCUCUUCCGUUGUUGGGUUGCCAAGUCGCCAGUGUCCAAGGAAGUGGAUGAUCACAUCAUUAUCAUGCAAUACAAGGAAAGGUUGGAAGCUUGAUUUCCAUUUCUAUGCAUCAGCCACUAAACAACGUCACACUCAGAAGCUAUACUUCGCUCAGCUGCGGAAGACUCCCUAUCACAGUCGGAUCUGCCUAGCACCACCUGGCUGCAUUCUUAGUGCAGGACCCAAUGGUCCAAAUAAAGGAUUUUUCUAUGUUCCUGAUGAGAAAGUCUCGAAUAUUGAGGAGACUCCAACAUUUGACUUCAAUCCCUGCAUGAACAAUGGUUGUGGGAAGCCAGCAGUGCGUCCUCUAGUGGACACAGGUGCUAUGGUCUUCGUUGUGUUUGGUAUUCUGGGAGUGAAUCGCACAAGAAAGCAAGAUAAUCAUGUGAUAGGCGAUAUGGGCAGUGUCAUCUACGAUGAGAGUUUUGACUUAUUCCAAGAAAUUGGAAAUCUGUGCAAGAUUUGCAAAGCUAUCAGCAGUAAUUCGGAAUUGGUGAAGCCAGGAGGUGCUCAGUGUUUGCCUUCAGGUUACAGCGUUUCAACUUUCGUGCAAAUGUUGCACCCAGAGUGUAAGAGUAUUCCAGAGCCUAACUUGCUUCCCGGACAACUGUCUCAUGGUGCUGUUGGAGUAAAAGAUGGCAAAGUCCAAUGGAUUUCAAUGGCCUUUGAAUCUACAACCUAUAAAGGAAAGUCCUCAUUUCAGACAUAUGCAGACUACUUGAAAUGGGAGAACUACCUUCAAGAGCAGCUACAUCAGUUUUCAGAACAAUCGUCACUACGUCAUGGAUUCCAGACUUGUGAGCACUGGAAACAGAUUUUCAUGGAAAUAAUAGGUGUUCAGAGUGCAAUGUAUAGUUUGAUUCUCUCCCUGGUAAUCUGUAUUGCUGCAGUCGCUAUUUUCACCACCCAUGUUCUACUCCUUUUACCAGUCCUGCUGACCAUCCUAGGUGUUAUCUGCUUGAUGGUUGCCAUCAUGUACUGGUUUAGCUGGGAGAUGGGAGCAGUGGAAGCCAUCUCUUUGUCCAUCCUGGUAGGCUCCUCUGUGGAUUAUUGCGUCCAUCUCGUCGAGGGUUACCUGCUGGCAGGAGAAAACCUUCCAAUAACCGAGACUGAUGAUAAAUACAAAAUGGGGAAAUGGAGAACUGUAGCUGCUGUGAGGCAUGUUGGUGUUGCCAUUGUGUCCAGUGGCAUCACUACAGUCAUAGCGACUAUCCCCCUCUUCUUUUGCAUCAUCGCUCCUUUUGCGAAGUUUGGGAAGAUUGUUGCCCUGAACACAGGCAUCUCUAUAUUCUACACCUUGACAGUCAACACAGCUCUGCUCAGCAUCCUGGCUCCAAGUGACUUCUAUCGCUCAAGGAGAUCUUUUAUUAAAGCAGUCCUGGGAGUAGUGGCCAUAGGAAGUGGAGGAUUCUGUGUCUGCCUUGUAUUGAUUAAAUUAGGAUUCAAAAUCCCACUCCCCAAUGGAUCAACAAUGUAA